GUUAUUUGAACCCUCAAUAGUCAGCCAUUAUACUCACACGGAGUUCAAUAGACUGGGGAUAUCAUACAUGACAGGCUUGCAAGUGAAAUGCAUGGCAUGACCGUUAUAUUGUGAGAGGAGAUACAUUUUAUUUAUUUACUUCACGGAUACAUUGUAAGCAGUAAACAUGAAGCGUAGGACAAAUACUAUGACUAGUAUGCAGCAAAGCCCGUUUGAAAGGUCUAAAUCUCAUCUAAGGCCUAAAUUGAGGUUUCGUAGUCCUGAGAAAACAGAAGAGUGGUUAGCCAGCAGGAAAAAGACUGAUUAUACAUACUCAAAUAGUGUCAGCUACUCCGAACAACUAAGUCAUUCGGAAGCAUCAGAUAGUGAAUACGAACUCCCAAUUAUGUCAAGGAGGGCGCUAGGAGAUGUGACUCGAUUAUCCACAUUAUCAACUAACACAUCAGCAACGAAACAUAGUUCUAAGAAGUCACGUUCCAGGCAAACAGUUGCUUUAACUCCCAAUACCUCAGAUUUGUAUAAUGAUUCCGGUGUCAUGACGAGGUCAAGAUCACGUUCAUCAAGGUCGGGUACAAGUAGUGUGUAUCAGGAGAAUUUUAUGAAUAGGACUCGAGAUAGGCUUACAUCCACACCAUUGAAAAGCAGUCCUGUAUCACGAACCAUGACGUACAUUACAGAAGAACAAAGUCUUGCAAGUCAAACAAUUCCUCAUCUCUAUGGGCUUGAUGGGGAAGAUGAGACCACUGACUUUCCAGAAUCUGAAAUUAGCUGUAUCACCCACACAGAUUAUACAAAGCAAAGAACGUCAUCAUCAUCAUCUUCUGCCUCCUCCUCAUCAUCAUCCAGUAUAUUUACAUUCAUCACAACAUGGUUGAUGCAGUAUACAGUCAUUUCCACAACAGUCUCAGUUUUUCAAAAAUCAAUUCAGCCCACCAUAUGGAGGUUAUUGUGGACUUCAAGUAGUCUCUUGUAUAGAUUAGUUACAUUAAACUUAUUGGGAGAUGUCUGGCUUCUUACAAUAACACGAAAUAUAACCCAACGUGCAAUAGCAGUUAUCAGUACAUUUAUAUCUAGUGUAUUACAUAACAGUAGUAGUCAAAGUAGUAGUAGUGUUGGUGCCUAUAGUGGUAAUGCAGCAAGUCAGUGGGAGAGUACAGACAUGCAAAAUAGUAAAGCAGCAAGUCAUUCAGAGAGAACAGACAUGCGUAGUAGGAGUGCAGCAAAUAUGGAAGGUAGUCAUGGCAAGCAUAAUAAUAGAUAUCAUGACAAAGAAACGGAUGAACUCAUCAAAACAACUACUACUACAGUUGUAACUACAGUAGAAGAAAAAGAUGACAGAGGAGGUUGUCCAUGCUUGCUACCAUGUUUGUUACUUUUAUUUUUAUUGUUAGGACCCUUAUAUUAUUUAUGUACUAGUGGUAUAGUGCCGUUACCAUUUCUUGCCAAGUCUACAAGCAUUUUAUCAAAAGACAAAGACUCUGAAUUAUUUUCUUCACCAAAGUCGGUAACAUUUUUAAUACGAGAAGAACUUAAUAAAUUUGAUGAAAAGAUGUUAUCACAGACAGAAGAGAAAGAAAAAGUCCCACCAAUAGUAGAAGGUUGCAGUGACUGUAUGGGUAGAAGGGAAGUCAUAGAGCUAAUAAAUUCAGCUAUUUCAAAACAGUUUGAUGUCUUCCAAGAUAAGUUUGUUAUGUACAGUGAACAUCAGUUACAGAAGGUAGAGAGGCUGAAAACAGAUUAUGAAAAUCAGAUAGCGGAUCUGCAGAAUAAACUCAACUCGUACAACGUAUAUGCUGUAGACAGAAAUGAUCUAGCAAUAGGAGCUAUUACCAGAUUAGAAUCCGAGAUAACAUCUUUGAAAAAUGACAUGCGAACCAUAAUGUUUAUUGCGCCAGUUGGUGAAGAAGAUAAUGUGAACAUUAAGGAGUAUAUGGUGGAAAACAUUAAAAAGCUGGAUUCAGAUGUAAUGAGUCUUGAUGUACAGCUGACCCAGCUUAAGGAAAAUCUCAGGGAUCUGAAUGAAAUGCAUGCAAAGGAAUCAAACAAGGUUUAUUCCAGCCACGAGAACAUUAAGGAAAUGCUACAACAACAUAAAGAGAGUAUCACUGCCAAUAUCACCAAGCUCACCUUGUAUCUUGAAGUCCUGGAUAGCAGUGUGAGUCAGCUGAAACAGGAUUUAAAUGAUCUGCAUGAUUCUGAUGACAGUGAUAAAACUAAGAUCAGUAGCAUUGCCACAAACAUGAAUAACAUUGAAAUUGAAAUCACUGAACUCCGAGAAAAUGUGAGAGUGUUAUAUGGACAUCAGACAAUUACAAGUAACCAACAGAGUUCACGGCCUGAGGAGAUCAUCAUUCUCAAAGGUGAUGUGAGUAAUCUGAAGGAUGAAGUGUCCAGGUUACAGUCAAAGUAUACUGAGGCUGUUGCAUACACCUACAGUAAUCAACAAACUCUUGUAGUUGUCCAAGAUACAACUAGUAAAUUAUCAACAGAUGUUGAAGGUGUUGUGGGUGAAUUAGAUAGACUUAAAGUAGAGUUAGCUGGAAUUCAGGGUCAAGAUGCAAUUUCUGUUGAAAUAGCAAUGGAGCUAAAUAAACUACAGUCGCAGAUAAAUGGACUGGACAGCUUAGUGAGUAUCUUGCAGGGUAGUGUUGACAGUCUACAGGACAAUCAGGGAAGCAAUGCUGAGAGCACUCGGCAGGUUGUUGACAAAUUAAACCAUUUAGAGAAUGAACUCACUGUCUUUAAAGUAGAACUCAGGAAUUUACAGCAUGAUUCACGUACUGCAAACCCUUCAAACAGGGAUUCAGAGCCUAUGCAUACCAGUCAGCACAUUCUCCAGCAGGUCAACGACCUGGAAGUCAACAUCACGUCAUUGAAAGUAGAGAUGAGAAACUUUAUUGUCCAGCAGGACACACACAAAGGUUUAGCUGAUGAUGUUGAACAGUUGACAACUGUGCACAACAGCUUGCAGAGUAAAGUAACUGAUUUAGAGAGGAAGACUGCAGUUUUACAGGCAGAGUUACAGCAGUAUGUAAGGGACAUUGUCACUGCUGAGUUAGGGACUCUAAGCACAACAACCGCUGAUGAGAUCAGUAGAUAUCAGUCGUAUGUUAGCAAGUUGGAAUCAGAAAUCACUGCUAUUAGGACGAAUGUAAAUAGCAUAAUUGGAGUGCAUAAAAACAUGACUAAUGUAGAUUACGUGCAUAAAUUUGAAUUGCUGAUUCAGGGAUUGCAGGAGGAUAUUCAAAAUAUCAGAGCCUCGCAGCGACCUGUUACGGGUCAACUCAGCAUGAAUAUAAAUAAUGUAAAUAAACUAAAGUCAGAUAUGGCAAAGAUGGAAGCAACAAUCAAUUCCCUCAGAAGUGAUUUCCUUGUGUUGCAGGAAAGUCAAGCUGCGUAUAUAUCCUUGGAUAAGUUAGAAGAGUUUAAAACCAGUUUUGCAGAUGUGAAUGUUCUCAUAAUGGAUCUAAAAACUGAUAUCAGUAAUGUAAGAGGAGAGGGUGAUAGUUACAAAAUUGAUGUGAUUAACAGUAUGAACAAACUGCAAGCAGAAAUUACAAAACUGAAGAGUGAUUUGAGGACAGCAGAAAUCACUAACGUUGAGGGCAUUGAGUUACAGGAUGGCUUCUCGGGAGGAGCUAGAUACUAUCAAAAUUGA